AGAGUCCCGGUGCGCGGCUGCGCGGGGAGCGCGCUGCGGGGCGCGAGCCGGGGAACGGCGCGCCGAGCCCGGGGUUGACUGCGCACCGCCUCUGCGGCGGACGCAGCCUCGGGGCGGCGGCGGCGGCGGCGGCGCGCCAGUCGGGCCGCGCACAGGGCUGCGCACAGGGCUGCGGUGAUGGGGAUGCGCGGACUCGAUUUGGCCUGGCAGGAGUCUGCGCACGCACGGGACUCAUCCCCGGAGCGGGUCAUCCGGCCGCACAGCGUGACCUCGAGGCUAAGGCGGCAGGAUGCUGGCCUGAAGACCCACUUGGACCAGCUGGACCAGCAGAUAAGCGAACUGCAGCUGGAUGUGAGCAGGUCGUCCUGCGAGGCCCUGGACAGUGACAGCAGGCCCAGCUCAGGUUUCUAUGAGCUGAGUGACGCUGGUUCCUGCUCCCUGUCUACCUCCUGUGCAUCUGUCUGCAGUGACCGCCUCUCCCCGUCCCUGGGCAGCUGGCUGCCUGUGUUCCAGCCCUCUAAGCCCAGGUCUGCUAUGGGGGACUGGAGACCCCGCUCUGCGGAUGAGACCACCGUCCCUGUGUGGAGCCCACAGUCCAGUGGAGAAGAUAGCAGGCUUUUGCAUGGUGAAGUGGACGCAGGCCGGCCAAGGGGCAUGUUCCGGCCCAGACCAGUGUCUACAGGCGAUCUUGAGCGAGUCCUUCCAGCUGACCUGGGGCUUCAGAGAGCUGGUACUGAUCCUGCAUCCUCAUCCCUCUUCUGCCAAGGGAUAGAGGUCCCGGCCCACACAGUGGACCCCAAGUACCAGCGUGAUCUGGUGGCCAGGGGUGGCCAGGAGGUGUAUUCAUAUCCGAGCCCCCUGCAUGCGGUGGCGCUGCAGAGCCCUCUCUUUGCUCUGCCUAAGGAAGCUCCACGUCUCGACAUUCACUCACCUCCCCAGGAGCCCCCUCCUGUCCCUGUUGAUCAGAGCAGGACUCAGACUGGGCCGAUCCGGGAGCUGGGCUCGGCUGAAGCCUACAUCCACAGGCUUUUGCGCCUGCGCGGCCAGACACGCCCCCUGAGAGAUGGGGCUCAGGAGGAGCAGGGAAGCGACGCAGCUCCUUUCCCACAGAGGCCGGGUGGCCAGCGGCCAGGCAGCGGAGGUCAGCUUGAGAAACAGACCUGUGAGAUAGACAGGGGAGGAAUGAAACCAAGUCGGGGUGCCGCCAAGGACAGCUUCAGGCAACAGGGGCCUGUGUCCCUUGUGGAUACGGAGCCCCUUGGGAGCCCCCUAAAGGAGGAAACCGCACCUUGGAAUCCCUGUGUGCGUGGAGACGAUGCUGUAGGCUCCUCUCCCUGCUCCCAGGCUCAGCAGUCCCCUCUUGACUACGGCCAUGGACGAGUCCAAUCACCAUCCAGGGUGCUGGGCCCUGACAGCCCGCCUCUGGCCCCGGGGUCCUUUGCCUACCUACCCUGCACCCUUGCUGAAACAUCCCCAAUGAGGGUAGGCUCUCCCCAGAGCAAGGCCACGAAGGUCCGAAGAAGAGUUAGUGAGAAAGUGCCUCGGCUGGGGAAGCAGCUCCCAUCGCAACCCGAGAGACCGCGGGGAAUUCAUGCUGCGCUCCCCCCAGAGUGGGAGCCCUCGUCCAAGCUCCAGCAGGGAGGGCUCAGCAGUAGGCCCACACUAGCCAGAGAGCCUCCCGGACGCUCUUGCUCUGAGUCCACCCUCUACCCGGUGCCCUUCUUUGUCCCCCUACUGGUGGCCCAGCAGGAAAGUUACCCAGCGUCAUCCCAAGCGCUGUUCCCAAUGGAGGCAGCCCCCCUUAGCUCAGCAGCCAGGAGGAAGCAGCGCAAGUGGCAGUCCACGAUGGAGAUCUCAGCCAAAGCCCGUCCGGUCAGCCGACCUGGGCCCAGCUUGGGCCACCCUCGGUCCCCAGCCAGGAGAGCAGGUGGUCCCCGGGCCCAGAGCAGGCCCACGCUUGCCCGUCAGGAUGCCUGUCUGAGGAGUGAGUCAGACCCCUCGGAGCACUCCGCAGAGUGCGCCUCACUAUUCCACUCCACCAUUGCCGAGACCAGCGAGGACGAGGAGGCCAGUGACCACACUGCCAACCGCUUCGGGGACGAGUCCAGCAGCAACGAUUCAGAAGGCUGUGUCCAGGGCAGCCGCCGUGGCCUGGUGAUAGGCAGUUCAGACGCCGGGCAAGGGGAGCGGCCCUGGCCCCGUGCUUCCCUCCAGCAGUCCCCACGGGCCCCAGGAGGCUCCAGGCCACACCUGCCCCCUGUGCCCAAACUGUGCCGCAUCAAGGCCUCCAAGGCCCUGAAGAAGAAGAUCCGUAGGUUCCAGCCAGCAGCCCUGAAGGUCAUGACCAUGGUGUGACGCCAGGCUUUCAGGACAAGCCUAGGACCCCAGAAGGUGUAAGACUCUUCCGUGCCAUGCGAUGAGCAGAUGCGAUGCCAGCUUGCUUAGGUUUCUCAGUAGUCACCCUCGCUGUGGUUGUGAGUUCUCUGGGCUGAUCUUCCCCGCAGCCAUUUUCAUUGCAUGAUUGUAGCCACAGCUUUGUUCUCCAUACUCUUGCUGGUUUGUGGGGAGAGGUCCCUCCCCAGAGACAUCUUACAUACAUUGCAUCUUGUUGGGGGAACCAAUUUUGAAUUCAGCUCUGUAUUACAGUCAUUAAUAAACCUACACGAUGUUGGUAUGGUUCCAAAUAAACCCCAUUUCCUUCU